UGCAAAACAACCGCCGGCAGCCGCCGCCGCAGCAGCAGCAGCAGCAAAGCACGGCUCUGCGCGCCGACUACAAGAGGGUUAAAAGUGUAGAUUGGAUUUCACCCCGGGAAAUCGAGCGCACGGAGUGAACUUGAAUCUUUGGCUAUUUAAGGAGGACUGGGGUUUGUUGUGGAGUUGUGGUGAUUCAGGGCAGAGCCCCGUCCUGAUUGAUUUCAUCUUUCUCGAGUCUCAGAUGACUGUAAAAUGAACAGAUGAAAUUAUUCCUUUUUUGAGGCUUUUUCUUAGGGGCUCUCCGGGCAGCGCGUUUGCAAAAGCGAAGUCAUGAUGUAUUCUCCAAUCUGUCUCACUCAGGAUGAAUUUCACCCGUUCAUUGAGGCACUUCUUCCGCAUGUCCGUGCAAUUGCCUAUACUUGGUUCAACCUCCAGGCUCGAAAGCGCAAGUACUUCAAAAAACAUGAGAAACGAAUGUCAAAGGACGAGGAAAGAGCAGUCAAGGAUGAGCUACUAAGCGAAAAGCCCGAAAUUAAACAGAAGUGGGCAUCCAGGCUCCUCGCCAAGCUGCGCAAAGAUAUUCGCCAAGAGUUCCGGGAGGAUUUUGUGCUCACGGUGACUGGGAAGAAGCACCCGUGCUGUGUUUUGUCCAAUCCUGACCAGAAGGGUAAGAUUAGGAGGAUCGACUGCCUGAGACAGGCUGACAAAGUCUGGCGUCUGGAUCUAGUCAUGGUGAUCCUGUUCAAAGGCAUCCCCUUGGAAAGUACGGAUGGAGAGCGGCUCAUGAAAUCCCCGCAUUGCACAAAUCCAGCACUUUGCGUCCAGCCACACCACAUAACAGUAUCAGUCAAGGAGCUUGAUUUGUUUUUGGCAUACUACGUGCAGGAGCAAGAUUCUGGACAACCAGGAAGUCCAAGCCACAAUGAUCCUGCCAAGAAUCCACCAGUGUAUCUUGAGGACAGUUUUGUAAAAUCUGGAGUGUUCAACGUGUCAGAACUUGUGAGAGUGUCCAGAACACCUAUAACCCAAGGAACUGGAGUGAACUUCCCAAUUGGAGAACUUCCGAGCCAACCGUAUUACCAUGAUAUGAAUUCUGGUAUAAAUCUGCAGAGGUCUUUAUCCUCUCCACCAAGCAGCAAAAGACCCAAAACUAUCUCCAUAGAUGAGAAUAUGGAGCCAAGCCCGACAGGAGACUUUUAUCCUUCUCCAAAUUCACCAGCUGCGGGAAGUCGGACAUGGCAUGAAAGAGAUCAAGAUAUGUCUUCUCCUACAAUGAAGAAGCCUGAAAAGCCUUUGUUUAGUCCUACUUCUCCCCAGGAUUCUUCACCAAGACUGAGCACUUUUCCCCAGCAUCACCACCCAGGAAUCCCAGGAGUUGCACAGAGUGGUGAGGACUAUAGAGUCAUCUCAACUAGAACUCCACCUUCACCUUCACCACUGCCAUUUCCAGCACAAGCUAUUCUCCCUCCUGCCCCAUCUAGUUACUUCUCUCAUCCAACGAUCAGAUAUCCUCCCCACCUGAAUCCUCAGGAUACUCUGAAGAAUUAUGUACCUUCUUACGACCCGUCCAGUCCGCAGACUAGCCAGCCUAACAGCAGUGGUCAAGUAGUAGGGAAAGUGCCUGGCCAUUUUACUCCAGUUUUGGCACCCUCUCCCCAUCACAGUGCGGUGCGACCUGUGACCCUGACCAUGACAGAUACUAAGCCCAUCACUACAUCCACUGAAGGUGAGGCAUCUUCACCUACAGCAACCACCUACACAGCUUCAGGCACAUCCCAAGCCAAUCGAUAUGUGGGACUAAGCCCAAGAGACCCAUCCUUCCUACACCAACAACAGCUGAGGAUUUGUGACUGGACCAUGAAUCAAAACGGCAGGCAUUUAUACCCCAGUGCCAGUGAGGAUACAUUGGGAAUUACUUGGCAAAGUCCUGGUACCUGGGCUAGCUUGGUUCCUUUUCAAGUAUCAAACAGGACACCGAUCCUGCCGACAAAUGUCCCAAAUUAUGGUUUGAACAUAAUUGGAGAGCCUUUCCUUCAAGCAGAAACCAGCAACUGAGGGAAAAAAUAAAAAGAAAAAUUAGGAAAAAGAAAAAAAAGGAAGGAAGAUGGGAUGAGAGAAGAAACUGAAGAGCGAAGAAAAAAUAGACCAGCAAUUGCAGCACUUACAAUCACUAAUUUCCUUAUGGUCGAAACUGAAAUGACAUACAAAGGGUCGAUGAUAUUUCACUGAUGGGUAGAAUGCAGCUCCUGCUAAGUAGCCUUUGUUAUAUGAAGUCCGCUGGGAAAUAGAUGUUCUGUCUCUGACAAUAUAUUUUAACUGACUUUCUAGAUGCCUUAAUAUUUGCAUGAUAAGCUAGUUUUAUUGGUUUAGUAUUCUUGUUGUUUACGCAUGGGAUCACUAUUCCUGGUUAUCUCACAAAACAAAGGCUAGGCAGCAGCAGCAGAUUUGCAGGAGGACAAGGGCUGUAAGCCAGCCAUUUUCUCAACACUCUGAUUUCUAAAUGUUUAAAAAAAAAAAAAAAAAAAAAAAAAAAAAAAGCUCUGUAGCCUUUAGUUAUCAGUAUGGAUUUAUUAAACUUUGGCCCUUGACUCAGCCUUUUCUAGUGUGUUACCCAGCUUGAAAUUUUCAAUCAGAAUGAACACACACGCUCUAUGUAAGAAAUGCCUCUACGUAGGUAAAAGUGUUAUCUUUUCAUGCAACAGCAAAAAGAAAAGGAAAAAAAAAAAAAACAACCCAGAAACUUUUUACCCACUAAAGAAACACUUAGAGAGGCAAGUGCAAUUUAAAAGUCGUAUCAAAGGGGUCAUCAUUAUAAGUCCUUCAGCCCUUGGACUCUAAAUUGAGGGGAUUAAAAAAAGAAUUAAAAUUUACUUUGAACAAAUUUAUUUUUCCCCUCAGUUUUUGAGGGCAUUAAAAGGCAUUACAUCAAGACAAAUCAUGUCCUUGAGAAAAAUAAAUCAGUGAAAACACAGCACUUAUGUUGGUUUAGCUGCUGCCUCCACAAAGGGGUAGAAUUUAUUUAUUUAAAGUUACUGGUUGCAUCAAGAACCCAUAGGGUUUAUAUUUUUCUGUAUAAUCUGCAUCAUAGAGACAAAGAGAUAGGCAAAUCCAUGCCAAAAGGGCAAAGCUUACUGUUUACAAACUGGUAAUACCAGGAUGGGGAUAAGAUUUAUUUAAAUAAUGCACUCUCUAAGUCUAAUUACAGGGUGCUGAAAACUUGCAUGGUGCUUUCAGAAGUUAGCCUUGUUCAACAGAUUUCACAUAUUGACAGAAAUAUAAUGUGCAUGGGCAGACAUUUUGCCUCUAUGUCUCUCAAAAAAUAAUUAAAAUACUCUUUCCAGUAAUCCUGAUUUGCACGAAAAUAUAAUGUCCACAUUACGUGCCUUGCCUUGAAAUCUAAAAAAUGAAAAAAAUACAAAAAAAUACAAAAAAUCCACAAAAACAACAAAAAAAAAUUGACAUCACUACACUUGUUUUGCUGCAUUUAUUAUCAUUUAAAUCUUUACCAUUUUUAUGACAAAAUAUUUUGUACUCCAGAUGGGAAAAAAGUGUGACAUCAUGGAUUUUUUAGACAGUUAUAUCUUUAUCUCACAUUUAUAAAGCAUAUCAUGGCUGUGUAUAAUUGCCGCUUAAGAAUUGUAAUCGACCAGCAAUAUUUUCAGUAUUUUGGUGUUUUUUCUAUUAACCUUUCAUGUUUUUCAUCUUCCAAUUAAUAUUGGGGGGGAGGGGAUUCAAAUUUAUACGAAUUAUGCAAUACCAAGUUUUGCCUAAGUAGGUAGUGCUUUUAGCUGUAUUGGUUAUUAUAGGUAAGUACACAGAUUUAAAAGAAAAAAAAAAAAAAAGAAUAAUGUAUGCUUUUUUUUUUUUUUUUUUUUUUUUUUUUUUUUUUUUAAUUGACCAAAGUGGGUACUGCUAUUUUUGCAGUGUGAUGAGGUCCUUUUAUGUACUGAGAGAUGGACGGGGAUUUUUUUUUUAUACAUAUAUAUAUAUUCUGGGGUGGGUGGGGAUGAUUUUUAACACUUUACAGUGUAGCUGUGAAGCAGUGCACCCUUAGCCAGGCAAGGGCUGCAAAGCGACUGUUCUGCCUACUGUGACAAACUUUCAAAUCGGUUCCCUCUUUUAACUUCCCACCUGGGGUGCAAGCUGAAAUCAUUUCUGGAUUUAAAAAAAUAAAUAAUGAAUUCUGUUGGAGGCAGACUUGACUUGAGGAAAUUGUUUUACUUCGAAUUUCUUUAGAGAGAGAGAAAAAAAGGGAGAGAGUGAUAGAAACAGAGGGGAGAGAGGCAGCCAGAGGGAGAAGGAGUUCAACACCCACAGCAAGAUGAAGCCUUCCCACUCUGGUAAAUGCACUACAUCUGAAAACGUUUGUGUUAGAAAUGUUUUUAACUUAGAAAGAUCCUUGCUUUGUCUAGGAAAUGCACAUAGAGGGCCAAAAUCUUUGCUGGCAUAACUCCACUGGCUUCAGUUGACUUCAGAGCUGUUCCUGCAGGGAAUUUGCCUUCUUUAGUCUGCAUGGCUGGUAAAUAUUUCUUUUCCCCUAUAACAAAAUUAUUUUUUGAAGUUUGUCAACUCACAGUGUCUGAGUUCUGAUCUUCAUCCUGCUCAGACCAUGUCAGAUGUUUGCAAAGUCUUCUCAUACAGCAGGUCAGAUGGAGAGCUCUGGGCUGUAGCAGGAAAGGACUUCAGAAUGGGUGGAAUUAGACUAUGGUGUAAACAAAAGUGCAUUUCCAGUAAAAUCAGACCUUACAGAUUAGCAGUGAGCCUGUUGCUGGAGACUUCUUAUACUCUGGGGAUGCCUCUUAUCUACAGCUCAGUGUAGGGAGAACACCUUCAUGUGCAAGGAAAGGAUGGAAAAGUCUUGAAAUGGGGUAUCCUUUCAGCCCUCUGUCUCUUCAUUUCAAAGGUUUUCCCGUCUCGGAGCAGCCCCAGAGUACAAGUCCAGCAACAGGUGCUGGGUGCUGACACACUGACAUCGGUCCCUUCUCGCCUUGAAUCAUAUCAUAGAAUCAUAGAAUCAUAGAAUCAUAGAAUCACAGAAUCAUAGAAUCAUAGAAUCA